CAGCCUUAAUGCGUGCGCAGCUUUGCUGCAGUCUGCAGAGCAGCAGCUGCCCAGCAAACAUCAUUGAUCCCAGCUGCCUGUUCAACACUGACCACGAAUCCGUCCGUAUGAGAAGGAAAACACAAACGAGGGCUGAAGAGGUUUGGUGAGGCUUUGCUUGGAUGUGUGUUAAUCCCGUCAAAACCCCUAAACCUGGUUGAUGUGAAGUUAAAGUUAGGCAGUCCCUUCCAUUCCCUCUCUGUUUUGGCUCUGACCAAGUGGGUAUUCUACAAAUGGAUAAUGGAGACUGGGGCCAUAGGAUGACAACUCCUGUUACCUUAAAUGUGGGAGGUCACAUGUACACCACCAGUCUGUCCACCCUGCAGCGUUAUCCAGACUCCAUGCUCGGAGCGAUGUUCCGGGGUGAUUUCCCUACAACUCGUGAUUCCCAGGGGAACUAUUUCAUCGAUCGUGAUGGAACACUUUUCCGAUACAUCCUGAACUUCCUGCGGACAUCAGAGCUUACCCUUCCCGUUGACUUCACAGAGACAGACCUGCUGAGGAAGGAGGCUGACUUCUAUCAGAUUGAACCUUUGAUCCAAGUCCUUAACGAUCCUAAGCCGCUGUACCCUCCCGACAUCUUUGAACAGGUCGUUGAGCUCUCCAGCACCCGGAAACUAUCAAAAUACUCAAACCCAGUCGCUGUCAUCAUCACACAGCUGACCAUAACAACAAAGGUUCACGCCCUGCUAGAGGGCAUUUCCAACAACUUCACCAAAUGGAACAAACACAUGAUGGACACCAGAGACUGUCAGGUGUCGUUCACGUUCGGACCAUGUGACUAUCAUCAAGAGGUAUCACUAAGGGUUCACCUCAUGGACUACAUAAUGAAACAAGGUUUCACUAUUCGGAACACGCGUGUGCAUCACAUGAGUGAGCGUGCAAAUGAGAACACUGUUGAGCAUCACUGGACUUUCUGUAGACCAGCUCACAAAGUUGAAGACUGACCUACAACACAGUCGUUGUGAGCGACAUUACUGUUACUGAUUUGACUUUGUAUCAUGCAAAAACAUGGACAUUUUUUUUAAAAAUGGCCUUUGUUUUAGUGACACUUUUUUUGUGUGGGGGGGGCAGUGUGGCACAUUGCUAAAGAGGAACCACAAAAAAAGACAAUAAAAAUGUGAAUUCUUGAUUUUUACACCUAAUUCAGCACAACACAUUAUCACCUACCACAAUUGCAUAUUUGAUAUUUCUAGAAAAAGGAAUAUUGUAAAAAGGUAUGGUUUAAUAGUUGGUAAUAAAAGUCUGUUUAGAACAAUCCAUUGCCUAGUGAUGAUAUAUCUUAUUGAUAAAAUGUAUUUACAUAAAAAAAAAAAGAAUACAGUGAAAGCCAUCUUGAAAACAAGUCACAUUUUACUCUGAGUAGUAUGUUUUUUUUUUUUAUAAUUAUUAUAAGCUGUUGUCCAAUAGAUUUGUGGUGAAACUAAUUUCCCUCUUAGCCCCUUAUAUGGUACUAUUUCUACAGCUCUUCAUAGUUGUUGCAUGUGUCAGUGUCUUGUGUAUGUAUAAUGUAUGUAUCUGAUGUGUGUGCUUUAUAAUAUCCCAUGCUGUCAUUAACAGUGAUGUGUUUACUCAUUCCAGCCAAAAUAAACUCAUCUGUUUCAUUUCAUUAA